AUGUCGAGUCUACAGUCGUUUUCCUUCUAUCUUUGGUUUCUAGUGCUACCCGUGAAGGGGGCAGAUCGUGCCCUUGGAUCUUCUCAUCAACAGUUUCUGAGGGCAAUGGACCUUGUUGCCGGUGCUCAAACAGAGCAGAGACGUCUGAGUCACAGUAGGGAUUCUGACGAUGACUUCUUUUCCACAAUUAAGCCAUGCGAAGACAAGAGCUGUAAUGAUGACAAUGAUUGCUAUGACGUGUAUAUUUGUUUCAAAAGGGAAAAGGGUGAUCCAAUUCCAAAAUGCUGCGACAACAGAGACUACGAAACAGAUAAUAGUCGCAACUACUGUGCUGUCAAGUCUUGUGACACUGGUGGUGGUGGCGGUGGCCUGUGCUUCUCCGGUGAAACAAAAGUCCAUGUUUUUGGUGGCAAAACUGUCUCCAUGAAAGACUUGCAAGUGGGUGACCACAUCCUGACAAGCAACAGUCAAGGUGAAAUGAUCUACCAAAAAGUUUAUGCUUUUGCCCACAGGCACCACUCCAGACCCACUCAGUUCUUGCAGAUUCAAACCAACACAAUCAACGAGGAGGAGGAUGACACCGCAGAAUCGCCCAUUCUGGAAGUGACAAGAGAGCACAUGGUUUUUGUGGAGGGGAAGUCCAAACCCAUCAGAGCUGAUACAAUCCAAGUUGGGGACAAUCUACUUGGAAUUAUUUCAAACCAGCAGCAUGUGGUGACAACAAUCGCUCCAGUUGUCCGUAAAGGCAUGUAUGCACCACUGACCCACUCUGGCAUGGUUGUUGUUGCCAAUGGCAUUGUUGCCUCAAAUUACAUUGCAAUGCAACCAAAGCAAACAAAUGGUGAUGGCUAUGUCAGUCUCCCAAAUAUUGGCUCCGUGGCAUUUCUCCACCAAGCAGAUGUUGCCCACAUGUGGUUGAGCCCCUUUCGAAUCUUCUGUGGUGCACUUGAAGUUUGCCAUAGGGUCAAUGUCGAUGGGCUUCUCCACUAUGCUUCAUGGGGGCUCCAGCUUGUUCAUUUUAUGGAACAACAACCACUUUGGGCCCAGCUUUUGGUGUUGAUCCCGCCUUCUGGUGGUUUGGCUUGGUUUUGGUGCAUUAAGAAGGUUGUCUUCCAAAUUCAGACAAAGUGGAAACACAACUAA